AUGUCUCGCAACGCUUGGAAUUCGCGCGAUCGUGGGAUUCCUUUUGCAUGGUUGAGGCGAGGCUUGCCAAGGCUAACCGUCGCCUCAGUAAGAAAUGGCGUCAUCGUAGAAAGAGCCUCAAUGACAAGAUCGUGCAUUGACCCGUACAUCGAAGCCACUGCGGUUCAAGCCUCUCCGACUGUAAAGCUCUCCGACUGUAAAGCAAUCUUUCAUCAAAUGUCGAAAAUCACAGACAUAACCUCAGAUUCCGCCUUCCACGACAAUGUUUCUUCAUUGCCUCCCUCUACUCUCGCCGUCAUAUCCUUCCACACGCCAUGGGCAGCACCCUGCAAACAAAUGCGUCUCAUUCUAGAAACUCUAGCCUCUUCAUAUCCAAUGCAGGAUCCACUAACUAUUUCCUUCAUCAGCCUUGACGCAGAAGCAUUGCCAGACAUUUCAGAGUCGUACGACGUUACAGCCGUUCCAUUUCUAGUCGUACAAAAGAACGACAAGGUGCUGGAAAGUGUAAGCGGAAGUGAUGCCUCAAAGAUACGGGACGCUGUAGAAAGACAUGCGGGCAAAAGUGGCAACACGGGUAAAUUUGGGCUGCCCCCAGCAUUGGAGACAACACCAAGAGAGAACGGGCAUGAUGAGCGACAGGCGUCUGAACCAGCUGGGGAUUUAAGCGCAUAUGCGCCCAAAGACGGUGAUCCGGCGACUGCGCCAGAUAUGUCAAGCACAGAGGGAGGUAAAGAGGAGUUGAAUCAGAGAUUGGGCGAGCUGGUCAAGGCAGCGCCUGUUAUGCUAUUCAUGAAAGGCACACCGAGCUCGCCGCAGUGUGGAUUCAGUAAGCAAUUGGUGAAUUUAUUGAGGGAGAAGGGCGUCAGAUAUGGAUUCUUCAACAUUCUUGCAGAUGACGACGUCAGGCAGGGUUUGAAGGAGUACUCGGACUGGCCGACGUUUCCACAGCUCUAUUUGCAAGGUGAGCUUGUCGGCGGGCUUGAUAUCGUCAAAGAAGAACUCGAGACCAACGAGGAUUUCUUCUCAGACUUUCAAGCAGCACCUGCAGGCAAAGGUGGCAUGGCAGCAAGCGAAGAUCAAAGGCAGCCUAUUAGUACUUGA